AUGGCGGAAGGAAAGGAUAUCCAGCCCACCGCGGCGGUGAACUCACCACCCCUCUACGAUGACCAUGAGCAGCACCACAAGAGCGCUGCCGACAAGGUCAUCAACGAUGCGCGCCUUGCGACCGAGAAGGAGCACAAGAUGACCUUGUGGCAGGGCAUCAAGCUCUACCCCAAGGCGAUCGGCUGGUCGGUCCUGAUCAGCACAUGUAUCGUUAUGGAAGGCUACGACGUCUGCUUGCUCAACAACUUCUUCGGUUUCCCGCAGUUCAAGCGCAAGUACGGCAAGCAGCUUCCGAACGGCACUUGGGAGAUCCCCGCGCCGUGGCAAGCUGGGUUGUCGAACGGUGUCAUUGUGGGCGAGAUCAUUGGACUUUUUCUCAAUGGGUGGAUCAGCGAGGCUAUUGGUUACAGAUACACCGUUAUGGCGUGCCUUUUCCUGAUCAUCUGCUUCACGGCCAUCUUCUUCACGGCGCAGACGGUGGUUCACCUGUUGGUUGCGGAGAUUCUGUGUGGUAUCCCCUGGGGAGUGUUCCAAACGCUGACCAUCACCUAUGCGAGCGAGGUGUGUCCUGUUGCGCUGCGCGGAUACUUGACCACCUAUGUCAACUUCUGCUGGGGUCUCGGUCAAGUCAUUGGGAUCGGGGUGAUCAGAGCCAUGGUCACCCGCGAGGACGAAUGGUCUUACCGCAUCCCCUACGCUUUGCAGUGGAUGUGGCCUGUGCCGCUCAUUAUCGGUGUCUUCCUCGCUCCCGAGUCGCCUUGGUGGCUCGUCCGCAAGGGUCGCCUGGAAGAUGCGAAGAAGUCUCUCCUCCGACUCACCAGCUUGGAUCGCGAGACUGACUUUGACGCCGAAGAGACUGUUGCCAUGAUGGUUCAUACCACUGCGCUGGAGGAAAAGAUCACCAAGGGUGCCAGCUACUUGGACUGCUUCAAGGGCGUUGACCUCCGCCGCACAGAAAUCGUCUGUAUGGCCUGGGCUAUCCAGAACUUGAGUGGUAAUGCCUUCUCUGGAUACUCAUCGUACUUCCUGCAGCAAGCUGGUCUGGACCCGUCGACCUCGUAUGACUUUGCCAUGGGCCAGUACGGUAUCAACAUGGCCGGUGUCUUCGGUGCUUGGUUCUUGAUGAAGUGCGGCAUUGGCCGUCGAUCACUCUACCUCUACGGUCUGUGUGGCCUCUGCGCAAUGCUCUUCGUCAUGGGCUUCCUUGGACUCGUCCCAGCCGCACACCGCGAACAAGGCGCGUUGGCGACAGGCGCGAUGAUGAUUGUGUGGGCCAUGUUCUACCAGCUCACCGUCGGCACGGUAUGCUACUCGCUCGUCGCCGAGCUCUCCACCCGCCGUCUUCAGAUCAAGACGGUCGUGCUGGGCCGCAACCUGUACAAUGUCGUCGGCAUCAUCACGUCCGUGCUGACGCCCUACAUGCUCAAUCCCGGAGAGUGGAACUGGGGCAACUACGCAGGAUUCUUCUGGGCGGGGUCCUGCUUCCUCAGCAUCGUGUACACAUACUUCCGGCUGCCGGAGCCCAAAGACCGCAGUUUCGCAGAGCUGGAUCUGCUGUUCGAGAAGCGGAUUCCAGCGCGCAAGUUUGCGAGCACAAAGGUCGAUGUGUUCGAGGGCGAUACGCUCGAGGGCACGCAUGUUUUCGAGUCGUAUGAAGAGAAGGUAGAUGCUGUGCACAGGACCGAAUCGGUUGUUGGAGCCUAG